CCAGGGGGGGCGAGGCAGACACCAGGCUCAAUGGCCCAUAAGGAUAUGAUCUCAACAAGUGAGGCAACAGUAUGCCUGAUUUUUCAUUGUUUCUGGAUGUGGCAGUAACCUACACUGCUAUAGACCGGAUUAGUUUCAGAACUUUGGGGGCAUCACGAGCGUGUGAAGCCUUACAACGAAAAUGACCGUCAAACUGUUUUCACUGAUUUUAGUUUAUUAUCAAUACCAGGGUGGUGGAUAUGCCUUUAAUUCCAAUCCGUAAUACUCUUUGAUGGUAUAGUUUUUGCCCAUACAAAAGUGUACUGCAUUUCAACAGAAUAGGGUUGUGCUGGGGAAAACAUUGAUUGCUCUUCAUUCUUCGUACAGCAAACCAAAGAAUUACCAACCGGGGAAGUAAACACUAUGAUAGCUCGUUUCUCUUAUUCGCAACCCCCCAUUUAGGCUAGAUGUUUUCUACUCACUCUCAAUCCUGCAAUUCUGAAGACAGACUAAGAAAUUCACCAAGUGUUUCAGUGGCCAUGUGCUAAUAAACACAAAAUGAAAUGAAGGCCUAGCCAUAUGGAUUUUAAAAAAUAAUACGAAGCUACCGGUUUUGCCUCCUUUUUCUGUGGGACUUUCAGGACGUUUUGAUUAGCCAAACUUCUUUUGAUUAGGCACACCUGUUUAAAGCAGCGCACGAAUAGGUUGCUUGGUGCCGAGGGCUGAUCUUUGAGUCUAUUCGGGAUAAUUGUGGAAUAAUUACGAUGGAGACUCUAGUGAAAAUAAUUAUUGUACUUUACUUCCAUGGAAUUAUUUUACCUCGGGUUUUCGUUGGCUUUCCCGGUACAUCCUCACAAGACACAGCCGACGCCCCGGAAGAUACUGUCGACUCCACUGUUUACGGCACCAUAUUGUCCCCCCUGUUGAAAGCUUUAUCGGAGCAGGCUACAUGGGGAGAUUUUGCCCCGAAACUAAUCCCUGAAUCCAAAUACGUUCGUUACAUGAAAAGACUCUACAGAGUGGCUUCAAAGCAGAAGAGGAGUCAGGAAGGUACUUCAAGUCAGCUGUACAACACCGUGAGAUUGAUCACUCCACGAGAUGAAUGCCUUCAACAAAGCAAAGAGAUUUUUAUGCAAGAUCUUUCCUACAACCUUGAACGUGUACGAGUGAACGAACAGCUUUUGAAGUCUGUCUUCCUCUACUCCUUUGAGAAGGACCAGACCAGUUCAUUCACCUCAGUCUGCUACCUGGACGUCCAAGAGCAGGAACAUGAUCAUCAGCAGCUUUGCCCUAGUAAUCACUACUCUGUGAAAUUUCCAGUUCGCACAGAAAGGAGUCGCCGUAAAUGGGUAGAGGUCGACGUUACUGCUUUUCUCCACCCCCUUAUUAAGUCCCAAAAGAAAGGCAUCCACCUGCUUAUCAACCUGACCUGUGUGACAGAUGGAAGACCUGACAGCAGGAACCUGGGUCACAGAGGUCCUGUGGAACUCACUAUCAGAUCACCCUCUCUCCUCUUGUACCUCAAUGACACCAGUGAGCUGGCUUAUCAGAGGUGGCCCACUGCAGCUGAGUCAGAAAAUCCGAUGGCUGGUUUGGUGGCAGGAGCAGAGAAGAACCAUGUGCAGCAUGGGCCAGAUAAAAGGGCUUCACGGUGGAGACGCAACUUACCAAAUAGCGAAAUGGCUCAGUCCAGCCUGGCACCCAGCCCUGUGGACCACUUCCUGAAUUAUGCAUUCCCAACAGAUGACUGUGGCUUGUAUGACUUCAGAGUAAGCUUCAGCCAGCUCAAACUAGACCACUGGAUCAUAGCUCCGCACAAAUAUAACCCCCGCUACUGUAAAGGUAUUUGUCCAAGGGCCAUGGGAUUCAUCUAUGGUUCCCCUGUACACACUAUGGUGCAAAACAUCAUUUAUGAGAAGCUGGACUCCUCAGUACCUAGGCCCUCAUGUGUGCCUUCUGAAUAUAAUCCCUUGAGUGUUUUAACCAUUGAAAAGGAUGGCUCCAUUGCCUACAAGGAAUAUGAGGAUAUGAUUGCCACAAAGUGUACAUGUCGGUGAACUGUUAUUCCUGUAUUCACUCAGUUUUACUACGAUCCAUAUGAUUAACUUGCCACCUCGCAUAUUUGGACUUUUUUUCUCAUCUUUUCAUUUUUGGACCCUUACCAGUGAAUGUGACAAAUUACUGAAAUGACUGUGCAUGAGGACUACAUGUAUCUAGAGCAGAAGAAUUUACUUAACCAAAUGUUUUGUUUGCCAACAUAUUUUGGCCAAACUUAGAAAAUUUGUAAAUGCUGAAAUACUUUUUUGUUAUUGUAACCAUUUAACUAAAAACAGCAGUAUCCUUUUGUUCCAUUAUUGUUGAUAGUUGCCUUUGUAACGCAGUGUUGCACAAAGGGGGAAAAUGAAAAGGCCUGUUUUCUUCGAUUCUGGGUUAUAGAUAUCCUUUUAAGUUAUUUUUGUUAAUUUAUUUUUUGAUGUUAUCUUUCUGUUUUUUCUUGCUUAAUGCAUCAACACAAUUGGUAACAUUUUAAGUAAACCUGUUCUGGACAAAAUAUAUAAAUUGUAGUCAAAAACUCUUAGAGAUGACUUUUACUGUUAAUUUUAUACCUUCAGACUGCAGAUAGUUGUCUCAUGGACAACUUAAUGUGUCAGUCUGUAUUUAUUAUCCUCAGUCAUGAAAUUACUGUAUGCUGAAUGGAGAGGACUGAUUUGGUAAUCUGAAUGCAUCAUACAACAGUGAUAUUUAAUAUGUAUAUUGUGUACAUGGAUUGUAAGGUCUGGUUGGGCUGAUGCUGAAUUCACAAAAUAUUUUUGAAUAUUGCUAUAUUCAUUGGAAAGAAUAAAAAAGCAAGCACAUGUC